AUGGCCAAAAGGAAGAUUCUGGCUCCCGAGAAGCAAACCAAGAAACCGUACAAGUCAAUGCCUCAAGUAGAGGUAGCACUUUGUAUUCCAUCGACGGUAAUUUCCCAUUCCAAUGCUCGCAACUUGCAACAAGCUACAUUUAUAGCGUACCAAAUUGCCAAAGCUGCGACUUUAUACAAUGUUUCUGAGAUCGUAGUGCUCAGUAUACCCGAUGCUGAAGCUGUGGCCGAAAUAUCCGGCCCAAAAGUCGUCUCUGCUGCCACUGGAGGUCAGAAAAUCAUGUUUGAUGAAGUUGCAAAUUCGCCAAAAGUGGAACAAAAUCAUGAAAAUCGGAACGACGACGACUCGCUACUCUUAGCAACGCUUCUCCAAUACUUUGUCACUCCACCAUACCUUGUCAAGGCUGUUUUCAAAGACAGCAAGUUUCGUAAGAAGUUCAAGUAUGCUGAAAAAUUGCCCAAAAUUCCAUCAUUACCAUUCAUGGCCAACAAUGACGUGCACAAAGACUUCAGAGAAGGCCUUUCUGUUGCCAAGAAGACGCCCAAGAUCGUCAAAAAGAACAAGAAAGUAUCGGGAAAGAAACUUUCUGUCACCAAAUACGUCAAUAUUGGAGGUGAUGAGCUACUCGAAUUGGCAGGUCCCGAUAUUCCUGUAAACGUCAGAGUCACCGUAGACGUUAAAAACAAGAAAGUGGUCAGUCCGCGCGACGCAUAUGGAGUAUCUGGCAACAAAUCUACGUUUGGAUAUUUCGUCAGAGUUUCCCGAUCAUUUACGUCAAUUUUCACCGAAUCGACAUUUCCCUCUGGUUAUACAAAAUCUUAUUAUAUUAGCUGUGAUGACUUCUAUGGCAAGCCCGAUACAGGUAUUAAGAAGGAAACGUUUGGUGACAUUAGUGAGGGCAAAAUUCUUUUGGUGAUGAGCAAUUGGAAGCAUCUUGAAGCCAGUUUUCUGGUGGAAGCAUUUGAAGGUGUUGCAAAAGUAAGUGAAUUAUUCGAUGGAGAAAUCGAAAUGGAACAAGGAAUUCGGGUCGAGGAUGCGGUGAUGGUGGGACUUGCGAGGUGCAGAUAA